CAAUGACAGGCGGCGGGGUCCUAGUUCUAUGGCAGCUUCAUUGAAACAAUUUGUAAGAAAUAAAUGACUUGAUAAGAUUAUUGUGUCCGCCUUUAAGUUAAAUUGAAGUGAAAAUGUGGUGUAUAAAUAUUGUGUAAACUUUUUUCUUACGAGAAUUUUCAGUAUACUGUAAUUUAAGAUGUAUGUUCAUUACUCUGUAGGAGCCAUUUUUAUUGUAUUUAUUUUGUGCGUUCAUUGUGAUAAUGCUGCUACUAACAACGAAAUCUUGGAAAUAUAUGUUCCGUCCGCCCCGCAAAACAUCACAGCGAACCGUGUCACAUCGACAGAAAUACACCUAUUGUGGGCCCCGCCGAUCACUUACACCGUACACGUACGAUCCAACCCAGACACAGACAAACAGACGCCCAAACCUGAGUCGGAACCCAACCUGACUGUCAUAGCCAAAGAAGACGCACAAGGGGACGAACCUAAAGCAUCAAUAUACCCAGUAGAUGACCAUUUAAUAUUAGACACAACCAAUCAGGAAAGACCAAAAGACAUAGACUAUACACUGUAUAGAAAUGACGAGCGAAAAUACAACAACCAGUUCUCCGAAUCGGAUAUAUUGUAUAGAAGUAAAAGGGAUCCAAGAUCCCAUAGACAUAGGAAGAGAAGACAGGACAGUGUGAGCGAAAAACAUUUAGAAAUGGAGACGCAUCAGGCGUUUGAAUUGCCGAUUGGAGUGGUAAAGAAAUCUAUGUCGAUUCCUUUAAAAAAGGACAUCACCCAGAUAGCUUAUGUGCUGUAUUAUGAAGAAGGAGUCAUAAAGAGAAAAGGGGGAAGCGAUUCCUUACUCAUAUCUGGGGUACAGACCUCGGAUCAAGUUAAAGGGAACGUAUUUAGAAGCGACUUGGGAAUCCAGGAUUAUUUGAAUGCGACGAAGAAUCUGACACUCUUGAAUACUUCGGGAGCUCAGAGUUCGAAGUUAGUGGGAUUUAGAUUGAGGAACUUAAAACCAUUCACCCCAUACAAGGUGUGGGUGCGGGCGUUCUACAACUUCCCCCUAGAGGGGGUGAUGUCCUCUGACCUGUUGGAACGUCUCGGGCCCGAGUCAGAGGCUCUGUACGUUCUGACCGACGUCAGACCGCCGUCUGCGCCUGUCAUACUCAACUUGACAUGCGAACAGCCAAGUGGCAUACUGUACUUGCAAUGGCGUCAACCGCGGGAGUAUGACAACUCGCUCGACCAGUACGUGGUAACAUUGCGGAAGAUACCGGAGCAGCAGCCGAGGACAAGACUCACCCUGCCCACAAACAAGGAUGACAUCGAAACCACUAUCAGUGUCAAAGUGGAGUUAUGGAACGUGACGCGGUACGAGGUGAAGAUAUACGCUGUGACGUCAUCCGUGACCAGUGCCAACAAGCUUAUCAACGGAUCGGAAUCGCCGCCACAGGAGGUGUCGAGCUCGCUGUGCUCCGCGCACUCGGAGGCGAUGUCGCCCGCGGACGAGCUGCAGGUGACGGAGGCGGGCAACUCGCUGCUGGCGCUCGUGGCGGUGGCGCUGCUCACCGUGCUGGCCGCAGUCAGCGCCGCGCUGGUGUACUGGAGGUGCAGGUCCCGAGUGAGCAAAUGCAUCAGCGCCGCCUACAACUACUUGGAGGAGGGGGGAGAGCGCGCCGCCAGAGCACCUCUCAACACGUAUAAAAAACCUGUGGUAAACUGCUCGCCGCUAGUGUCGUGCGCGGGCGGCAACGGCGCGACAGUCGAGGGCGCGGCCGCGACGCGACCGCCGCGCAUGGCGGGCGCGGCGCACCCGCUCGUGCGCGCGCGACAGUUCCCCGCACAUGUCGCGUCGCUGCACGCGGACGGUGAUAUUGGCUUCAGUAAAGAAUACGAAAUCGUGGUGUCAAAAUCAGCGGCAUCGGGUCACACAAGUCAUCACAGCUACAGACCAGAGAAUAGACUGAAGAACAGAUAUCUAAAUAUUACUGCAUACGACCACUCGCGCGUAUGCGUGUCGUCGGGUGGGCGGUGCGGUGCGGCGGGCUGUGUGGGCGCGGGGCGCGGCGCGUCAUGCGACUACGUCAACGCCAAUUUCAUCGACGGCAUGCUGCCCGCGCUCACGGCGCAGGCCGCCCGCCGCGUCGAGCGACGCCUGGAGAGACGCGCGAGGCCCAACAGGCAGCCCUCAGUGAAAGCGAGCAAACCGCCGCCCAACUUGGCGGAGGGGAUAGAGUCCGCCUUCCUCAACAUCGAGUUCUCCGGCAUCGUGGAGUCGGAAGACCAGGCCGAGGACUCGGACAGCGAGAGAAGCGACGACGACUCGGAGUUGGAUGAUGUUUAUGUGGAUAUUAACGGUGUACCUCGUCAGAUAAAAUUGGAAUGGGCGGUGUGGCGGCGGCGGUACAUCGCCACGCAGGGGCCCACGCCGGCCACGCUCGACGCCUUCUGGCGUAUGAUCUGGCAGCACCGCGUGCACACGCUCGUCAUGAUCACCAACCUCGUGGAGAGAGGACGCAGGAAGUGCGACAUGUACUGGCCGGCGGGCGGGCGUGGCAGCUCUGCGGACUUCGGCGGCAUCCACGUGACGUUGCUGUACGAGGACGUGCGCGCCGCGUACACCGUGCGACAUUUGCGUGUGCGCGGGAAGCCGCAGCCGAUAAUAAUACCACAGGGCAGCGAAUCAAGCAGCGAGUCGAGCUCGGCACAGACGGCGAGCAGCAACGAGGGUCGGCACAUAGUGCAGUACCACUACACCGUGUGGCCCGACCACGGCACGCCGCGCCACCCGCUCGCCGUGCUGCCCUUCGUACGUGCCGCCGCCGACCCCGGCACGGUGCUGGUGCACUGCAGCGCGGGCGUAGGCAGAACCGGUACAUACAUAGUAAUAGACGCACAACUAAACCAACUAAAGCUGACAGGCACACUGUCUCCCCUCGGUUUCCUCUGCAGAGCGAGAACACAAAGAAACCAUCUAGUCCAAACAGAGGAGCAAUACGUCUUCGUUCACGACGCAUUAUUAGAAUACGUGCGUUCGGGUAACACAGAAGUGGAAUUCACAAAAGCGAGGGAAUACUUGGCGAAACUUCUCGAACCCAUAUCUGAUGAGGAACUGGCGGUCAUGGAUCUCAACCCGCCGAAACGGAAAAGCGUGAACGAUUUGACGAACGGUCUGAAAAAUGACGUGUCGAGUUUAAAGUCGGUCAGUCACGAAUGCAGCAGCGAACAGAUAGUGGAGAAUGGCAGCCAGGCGUCAAUAAAGACGGAUGAGUGUAACACUGAGAGUAAGUCUUCUGAUAAUCAGGAGAAAGAUGUUUUGGUGAACGGGGAGGAUGUGGAAGGUGUUUACGACCUGGCUCCUCGGUCAACGGAUACGUACAGCAAGAAGAUGCAGGCUUACAACAGUAUGAACGAACAGGAGAAAGAAGAGAUGAGGAGGGUGAACAGAGCCGAGAACUACGCGCUGUUAGAGAGGAUGCGAUCACUGUCGAACAGGCAUCAACUGUACCAGGGACCGCCUCCUGUUAAUUUGUUAGAAAAACAAUUCCAGUUGAUAACUCGUUCGUGCGUGGAGCCGAGCGUGUGCGCGCGCGCCGCCCACAACGCCGACAAGAACCGGCCCGGCGGCAUCCUGCCGUCCGACGCCGCGCGGGUCAUGCUGGUGCCUAAACCGGGAGUCGAAGGUAGCGAGUACGUGAACGCGUCGUGGGUGUGCGGGCGGCGCCGCAUGCGCGAGUACGCGGUGGCGCAGCACCCGGGCGACGCGCCCGAGCUGUGGCGCCUGCUGUGGGACCACACGGCGCAGCUCGUGCUGCUGCUGGCCGAUAGCCCCGACGACCCCGAAUGCGACGUUUUCUGGCCCACGGAAGAAGAAAGCGAGUUAUUCGUGGCAAACUUUAGAGCGAGUUUCGUCGCCAAACACACGUACGUAGCGUCAAGGAGAUCGGAACGAAAAGUGCAGCCCGAACCCACCGAGCCAGAGACGAACGGGUACAGGAGGACAGAGGGCAGUGACUGCGCUGAUGAUGAAUGCCUCAUACCAGAGAACAGUCCACCAGUCGAGUCCCCAGAACCAGGAUACCGAUUCGAUAGGACGGAGCUGAGAUUGGAACGUCUCAGUGGCAACAGAGAUCUAUCCGCCCGAAAAUCAAUAGCCAACGGAGACUUGUUUUCUUCUCUGUCAGAAAAGAAAAACGGCCCCAAGUCACCGAGAAGUCCAUCGAAAAUGUCGUUGAAAAACUUCAAAUUAAGCUCCCCCACGAAAUUCAAAUUCCCCGAAUGGGGGUCAAGGACGGCCGGUUCGCCCCCUGAUACAGCACCCCCACCUCCUCCUAUAGCCCCUUCGUUGACGGUGGCACAAGAAGCGGAGCUACGAAGACCAGUGUAUGUGUUUCAAACGGUUUCGAACGUGCCAGAGGGUGUGUCUCCUGACAGGGUGAUCGAGGUGACGACAGUGUCAGUGCAUUCGCUACAGGACGAUUACCAGUUGACAGUGAAGUUCCUCAAGUGCAGUGGUUGGUUGGACAGUCGCAACAGUGACUAUGUGACGGGUAGGCCUGAUGACAAUGAGUGUGUUAGGGCAGUGAGGCAAGCCAGCUGUGAGAGUCAGAGGGAGGAGGCCAUUGACAGGCUGAUAGCACCGUUCCAAGACUCGUUCGCGUUGAUCGAGUUUGUCGCGGCCAGUCAGAUGGAGUUCAAGAAUGGACCAGUGGUCGUUGUUGACAAAUACGGAGGCUGGCGCGCGUUGACCUUCUGCUCGCUGAGCGCAGCGUGCGGCGGGGUGCGGAACCCGGCGGUGUCGGAGCCGGGCGCGGAGUUCGCGCCGCCCUGCACAUCUGCGGAUCUCUACUGUAGCAGCGCGCUCAAUGCACACGCGAGAUGCGCGCCGCAAAACGCACACAACGCACACAACGGUAACGCACAGAGCGCGUCGCCGAGCGGCAGUGGCACGUUGUCGGACGCCCCGCAGGCGCACUCCCCGAAGGCGCUGUUGGCGGCGUACAGCGCUCUCGCGGCGUAUGCGGAGAAACUGCCCCGCCCCGACAGCUGAACCAGGUCGCUGUCACCAUCACAAUCGGAGUCAUUGUAAAUGAACUGAAGCAGUACAUUGAUUUGUAUGAACUGAAUACUCAGUGUGUUGUGCGCUCUCGUAUCACGUCACGUGACAGCUGUGAUCACGCGUGAUCAUCACAUCACAUCACGUUCCACAUCAUCACAUCACAGUAAGAACUGAUUGGUGCAAACACUUGUGAAUAUUUCUGUUGAACCAAUGAAAGUGACGACGGAACUAUGACGUAAUAAAACGCCUGUAUUUGUAUGUGUAUCCUUAUUAAAGUGUUACAACGUCAAAGUGAAAUGGACUUUAUGUAUUUUGUUUUAGAGUUCAAAUUUGUACACAGUAAAGUGAUUAUCUGCGGUAUGGGAUUUACAACUUUAUAAUAUAGUCCGUUAGGUUAGUUUUCUAUUGUUAUGAUAUGGUUAGUCUUUUCUCCAGUACUAUCAAAAUAUUAUGACAUCGAAAUAAAAGUUUGUUCUAUCGUGAGUGUCUAUCGUGAGUGUUAUUCAUAUUAAUUGAUUAUGGAACACGGCUAAAACUCACGUGAUAUUACGUCGGAGUAUGCCGGACUAGUUUCGAACCCAUACGGGGCCCUUAGUCAUGAGCUGGUUCUUGCAUCGCGGCACGAUCCAAACUUUGUUCAUAUUGUAAUGAUUGUCUGCGGUAUGGAAUUUACAACCUUAAAAUAUAGCCUGUUAGGUUUGUUUUCUAACGAACGUUUUUCUAUUGUUAUAACGAAGUGAAAUCAAGUUUUAUGUAGCUUAUUUUGAAGCUCAAAUAUAUAUUUAACGAUUUUUCUUAACUGUCAUUAAAAAUUAAAAUAAUUAUUUAUUAUUUUUAUAUGUGCCAUAACUUAUUUUUCACUUUAAAUUGUCCAACGUGAAAUGAUCUAUCGGUUAUGUGGUUUCCGAUCAUGACGUCCCGGGUUUGACUCCUGAGUCUGUCUAUGCAAUAAUGGAUUUUUGUUUCUUACAAGAACUUUUUAAUAGCCGAAAUUGGGAAGACGGUGAUGUUAUAUUCCGUACAUCGUAGUGAUACGUCAACUCUCUUUCUACAAACGCUAACCCUUCGAAAACUAAAAAAGAUGUGGGAAUAACAGAUCUGAUCUAUAACUUGAUCAAGUCACCUAUUAUCGAUAGGUCACAAAUGUGACCUAUCGAUAAUAUGACACAUUCUUCGUCUUUCCCGACUUAUUGGAGGGAAAAGGGAAUAUUGGUCAUAUUUGAAAAAAAAAAAGAUAUGGCAAAUAUUCUUAAAAAAAAAAAAAAAAAACUAGGAAAGGAGGAAAGGUUUGGACUAUGUGACACUUAUCAGAAGGUAGUAAAAACCUUAAUCUAAUAGUGAAUGUACAGAUUUUGAUCGUUACUAUAUUCGAUGUAAACAUAUUAGGGAUAGAGUCAGGCUAUAUUGAAUGUAUAGGGCAUAAAUUGGUAAGGUUUCGUCUAUUAUGAAUAUGCGGUUGUGUAUAACUUGUAGAUAUCAUAGAGUACGGGUAGUGUGGGGACUAUUGCGCAGUGCAGUUGCAAUCAUAUUGAAUAGAAGCUAAUUACAAUAUUUUUUUUUUAUUUGAAGUUUUUUACCUAAUAUCUGAUGAAGCUGGCGUUACUUUACAAAGGUUCAUUAUGAACAUUGAAUAAUUAACAAAUAUCUGCAACAAUACGAGAAUUCCAAAGGACAGCUCCGCCUAGAGCCGAUAAAAAAGUCGUGUGUGUUUACACUACAGAAGUUACAAUAAAAAAACAUAAAUGACCUUAAAGUGAAGUGAUGUUGGGUAGAAAAACGCAACGUUUUUAGCGACGCAAGAACGAAUUUAAUUGUCAACUUUCAGACCGGGCGCCUUAUAUAUAAAGCGUUUCUUAAGGAUUAAAAUCCAAAAACAUACUCAUGGUCACUCCGAAUCCGGAUCCUACUCAGGAUUCUUUACAAUUGAACAUUGUAGAGUGAACCUCUCUUCAGGAUUCUUUGGCUUUGAAAUAUACGUAAAGAGAGGUGGUUUAUUGUCGGGUCAGGGUCGCAAUGUCGCUUGGAUUUGUGAAUUUUAUGCGGAGAAGAGCAAAAUAAAUAAUUUAUUCAUUGCAUAAAUUGCAAUCAAUCGGGCCAUUUGAAACAAGUGUGAAUUUGCGUUUUCGAUAUUACUUUAUCGUACGAUUGUAACUGCGUUACGCAAUAAACUUUUCGCUUUUAAUCAGUUUGUGUAUUCUGUAAGUUAAAUAAUAUGUUAUAAAAUAUUCGAUGUUUUCAACAAUUUAUAUGUAUUAUUUAACUUUUAGAAUAGAGUGACGUUGAUUAUGCAGGACACAUUUUGUGAGAUUUUUUCGAAAUAUUAAUACUUCGAGAAGAAGCUUUGGUGUUUGAAUAUCCUUCGUAUCGAUACGCGAUGUGAAUAGUAUUGAUUUCUGUACAGACAGGUGAUAUAAUUGGACAGUUGAAAAAUGGUCAAAUGUUUUAUGGUCGCGUGCGAUUUACCAACGGAUCGACGGAUGAUGGUACGAUGCUCUGUCUAAGCUCUGUUGUGACGAUGUUCAGUGUUUUUCCAUUGUUGAGACGGACUUAGUAUGACGUGACGACGGGUACCAGCGACAGUGGUACCAUCAUUGUGUAGUAGAGGAAACAAUUCGCUCAGGUCUCUGGACUUGUGACCUUGGGUGGGUCUCGGCGGCUGCUGCUGAGACGUCGCUGACUGCAGUCGGCGACCGCCGUCGACCGCCGCUGAGAGUCGUCAACUGCAGUCGUCGGUAGCAGCUGCCGCUCGUGUAAAUGUACACUAAAGGAGGAUCCCUUUAGUAUGCAUUGACACUCACCUCGCUAAACCUACACCCAAGGUCACAAGUCCUGAGACCUGCUCGAAUUGUUUCCUCUACUACAAAAUGAUGGUACGUCACCGACUGCAGUCGACUGCGGUCGUCGGUAGCAGUUGUCGUUCGAGUAAAUGAACCCAUAGAAUGCAUCCCCUGCCAGACAUGUUCUCCAUGUUCACAAUAAAUGAUCAAUAAUGACAAUAUAAAACAUUAUUAAUAUUACAACAACGCAAUAAUGCGUUUAUUUAGUUUAAUUAGCAUCGCCGCCUCGUCCUUUUCCUGAUCCCGUUUAGUAUGCGGCGACCUUUAAUAGGUUAACACUGCAUGCAAUAAAGUUGUUAUCUUAGGUUUACAAUUAACUAGCGGACGCCCGCGACUUCGUCCGCCCUUAGACCUCCUUAAUCCGGCCCUAUCGCUAAAUCCGCUCUUGGCGGAUACCUACCUGCCAAAUUUAAUUUUUAUACGUCAAGCGGUUUCGAGAUUUCGUUAUGAGUGACCUUUCGCAUUUAUAUAUUGAGAUUUCAGCGCGACAUCUUCCGCCCUUAGACCUCUUUAAUCCGACCCUCUCGCAAAACAUGUCUAUCUCUGCCAAAUUUCAUCUUAGUACGCCGUACUUUUAUAAUAUAUUGAUUAUGUGAAUUAUUUUGAUCGUUUUCCCACUGUCCAAAAUGUACUGCACACAAAUAAAAAAAAGAAGAAUACAAUGGAGGUAAAUUGUGUACUCGAGAAAUUCCUACUAAAUCAAGUAAUGGUCCAGUAUUUUAUUAUAGUAAUAAUCUAGUGUUGUAAUAUUGUAUUAUCGCGGAGACUGCUUUUGUGGUACGUCAAUUAUAAUGUUUGGUUCCGUAGGGUGUCGUAGGGUGUCUCAGGCGGCAAUUCUUGUGGGACAAACGUUUGAAUUUCAUUGAUUUUGUUGAAGACAACAAAAUAUUUUUUUUUUAAUAUGUGAAAAAAUAACUGAGCAAGUUGCAAUUUUUCCAAGCGCCAUUUUGAGACCAAGAUACGUAAACGAUUUAUUAGAAAAACAUGUAUGUUUUAAAUAUUUUGUUACUAGCGGACCCGGUCAAGCUUCGCUUUGACUAAUGUGCGCUUCUUCCCUACCCUUUCCCACCUACCCUACCCCUACCCUACCCCUACCUAAGGAGACAAAAACUAGCCUAUGUCACUCUCUAUCCUUUUAACUAUCUCUACUUAAAUCACGAUAAUUUGUCGCUCCGUUUUGCCGUGAAACAAAACAACAAACACACAGACAAACAAACAGACGCACACACUUUCACAUUUAUAAUAUUAAGUACGGAUGUUACAAUUUAAACUAUCGUGAGUGUUAUUCAUUAUAUUAUAAUUAUUUAUUAUAAAACACGGCUAAAACUCACGUGAUACAACGACGGAGUAUACCCGUCUAGUUUCAAAUCCAUACGGGGCCCUUAGUCAUGAGCUGGUUCUUGCAACGCGAUCCAGAUUGACAUACUCCAACUUGUAACUCACGUGAAUUGUAUCCGUAUUUUAUUAUAAAUUUAUAUGAAUAUAGUUACUACUCAUGAUAGUUUAAAUUUUAUAACAUAACAAAAUAUUUAAAAUAUUGUGUUUUUCUAAUAAACCUUUUACGUGUCUCGAUCUCAAUUUUUUUUUUUUCUCUUGUUUCUUGGUCUAUCGGAGAUCAGUUUCUGGACCAUAAUCCGAUCAAAUGACUAUUUAGAUCUCAAAAUGGAGCACUAAAAAUUGCCAUUUUUAGUUAUUUUUUUCAUAUAUACUCAGAGGCACAAUUAUCCGCCCACUUUAAUAUACUCGCGUCAUAUUAAAGUGGGUGGAUAAUUGUGACUCUUGAGUAUAUUAAAAAAAAACAAAGAACACUUAAAAACGGUGUUUCACACAGAAUUGUCUAUCCGAGGUGUUUCUGCUAAGUGUUCGUAAUAUGGGAAAGAUAUAACCAUGUAUAUAUAAUUCAGAUUUAUUACAUAACUCUUUUCAGUUACAUAAUUAAUAUAUUAUUUUGAAUCAGUUUUUCACUUCGUCCAUAACCUGUAACUGUAAUCCUAUCCUGCCUAGUGGCAGUUUUCAAUGUUUCUGUGACUAUCGCGUUACCGUAAACGUGAAUAUCUAAGGAAUUGAAACAGUUGUGCAGUACUGCCACUAGAUGGCGCUGUUUCAAUUCCUUCGAAAUUCGCGUUGAAAAACGUUCAAAAACAUUGAAAACUGCCACUAGGCAUACAUACAUAAUGUGUCUUAUUUCGGCUGGUAGGAGGCUUCGGCCAUGGCUAGUUACUACCCUAGCGGCAAAGACCUACCGCCAAGCGAUUUAGCGUUCCGGUAUGAUGUCGUGUAGAAAGCGAAAGGGGAGUGGAUUUUCAACCUACUCCUAUCACUAAGUUAACCCGCUUCCUUAGAUUGCGUCAUCACUUGCCAUGUCAAAGGUUAAAUUGUAAAGAAUAUAAAAAACAAUUAAAAAUAGUAAAUAGCCUUAUUUUAAGUUGUACAAUUAACCCAGACUUGAUUAACAAUAAAAAAAAAAUCAUGUCCGUCUAGCCAUUUUUGAGUUUUAGCUAUCUACUAUGUAAUGUAUGUUAGUUUCUCUUUGCAGAAAAUUAAUUAUAAGUGCCAUAAUAAAGAUUUUGUGUAUUAUAAAUAAUUAACUGCUUGAUUUAUUAGGUAAUCUUUAUAUUUGACAGUACUUUUUACACAUCUAUUAAGUAAAAAGAAAAGUUUGCCGUCACAUGAUGACGGUGACGGCAAAUAGUAUGACAGUGUUGUGCCGUUUGCCGUCACGGAAUUUGAGUAGAUUCUACUGUGAAGAUGUCUCAUAUCAAAAAUGUAACAUGUACAAAAAAUAUUAUAAAAGUUUUUGUUAUAAACUAGCGGACUCGGUCAAGCUUCGCUUUGACUUACGCCUACCCCUACCCUUCCCCUGCCCUACCAUAUCCCUUUUUCUUUGCUAUAAACCUCACGGAGCCCGAGACCUUUCCAACGAAUGCAAAACCGUGGAAAUCGGUUCGUGCGUUCUGGAGUUAUAGCGUCAGGAAGGAAAACCCGACUUAUUUUUAUUAUUAUAAAUGGAUUAGCAAAACAAGUUAUUUAUAAAGAGAGCUUAAGUGAAAAACUGAGUCAAAAUUGAACCGUGCAAUCGAAAUAAUGUAAAGAUGUACAUAUACAAAGCAAAUAAAGGUCCGUUGAGCACAAAUUUAUGUUACGAUAUAAUAGUAUAACAGAAUAGAUGUUUUCAUAUCACGUACAUUUUGCGCAACGGCAAAGGUUCACGGUGACGGUGGCUGUAACGGCAAUGCAACGGCAACGGCAAUGCAACGGCAACGGCAACACGACAGUGACAAUACUUUACGUUUUCAUAAACAGUAAAUCCCGUUCGUAUUCUUUAUUACUGAAGCUCGUGUCUGAAGUGAAGUGUCCUUCACAAUUUUGUUCCACUUAGUCCAGUCCUUUGUCUUUUUGAUGGUAGUGGUAAGCUCGGUUUUUACCAAGUGGAGCGGACUUCUUAACAACAAGGCGAAAUUGACUUUUUGAUCGAAUAGUUAUGCGUUUUCACGAACAAAGAGUUUUGCUUGUUGAUUGCACACUGCAGUUUUUUGCAAUUUAAAAAAAAAACUUUGAAUGACACACAAUGAUCAAAAUGAGGGUAGUUGUUGUUUUUUUAACUCGACUAUGCAAUCGAAUUCGUCUUUUGUCUCUAUCUUUAGUAUGGUAUUAGACAGAGAGAUAUAGAUAUGAUCUCGAGACUUGCACUAUCACUCAGAGUUUUGAAAAAAUGAUUAAAAAGUUUCUGGUAAUUCCCUUCCGCGUAUACAUAAAUGUGUAUUGUCCUUGUCGUGGACAUAUUGACGGACGCAUUUGUGGUCGUGGACACGUCCACGAAUGCGUCUAAUCAGAACGGACGCAUUUGCAAUUUCACCGUGAACCAGCAUAAGGCUGUGGUCGUACCACUCGAGCUGUAAUAUAUUCAAAAGAGUCACUACUAAUUAAUAUAUUAAUAAAUAGAAAUCUUAUAUCGAAUCAUGAUUAAAUAUAUUGUAUGGCCUAAAAGAAUGCUUAUUAUGUGAUGUUACAGAGAUAUCAGUGUCUAACUUUCCGAUUCAAAUAAAUUAUAUUCAUUCAUUCGCAAUGUACUUUUGCAAGUUCCUCUGUAUUAUCGAAACUAUUUACCGCUAUUGACUAGUUUAUCGCAUGUUGCUAUAUAAAUAAAAUUGAAUUUAAAACUCCAAAAAUGUAUAAAUCUCUUAGAAUACAUAAAUCUGAAAUAAAAAAAAAUAUCUACUGCAAAAAUGUUUUUAAGAUUUUUAAUAUUAUUUCAUUGGUCGUUUAUUUACCAUUGUCAUACAUAGUGUUUAAUGUUUAUAUAUUAAAUAGUAUUUAGAUAAAUGUAUAUAGCAUUAUAAUUAAUUAUUUAUUAAACAACACGUAUUUGAAGGAUUUCUGUUUUUUUUUUUUGUUCGAAAGAUAUUUUAUUUUGCGUGGUACGACCCCAGCCUUAUAUUGUUAGUAUGGUUACGAGCGGACUAUGUUUUGUGCGCUGGAAGCUAUUGUAUGUGCCAUUUUAGGCUUAGUUAAGUAUAAUCGCGUAGUUAGUUUGAAUUCUAUUCCGUAUACAAUAUAGAUGUUUUUCGCUUAGCAAAUUUUUUCUUACCCCCUUUUUUAUAUUCUAUACCCGUAUUCAAUAAGGCUGGCACUCCAUUAGAGAUACGGCGAUAAAGAUAUUCCGUGCAGUAAAAAAUAUGAAUUAAAUUAAUAGAUUUAUCAGAAUGCAUUUCUUCAUACCGACAAUUUUUUCAAGUGUUUGAUACACUUGAAAAAAUUGUACUCAUUUUAAACCAUUAUGUUAGAAAGUAUAGCAAAACGUAUUAUACAGGAUGUUCCGUAAACAUUACCACAUACUUUACAAGGUGAUAGCUGAUGGUGCAUGCAGCAUGGUAUGACGAAUCUGCGCUGAAGAUAGGGAUUUUUUGUAUUUUGUACAAAAAUCAAUAUAACUUGACAACCGUAAAAUUUCUGCUAACAUAUAUUGCGUUAUUUUAUUAGGCCUUGAUGUCAGCUAUCACCUUGUAAAGUAUGUCGUAAUAUUUACGGAACACUCUGUAUAUCGAUGUAGUAUAAAUAAAAUGGAAAAUGUGUAAUUUAUCUGUUUCACAGAAGUCAUGUAAAACUGAUUUAGUUUUAGUGGUAGGUAGGAGGUAGGUAAUAAAAAAUUGCUUACGGUUUUUUACUCACCAAUCUCUAAUAGAAUGCCAGUCUACCUACAGUGUAACUAAUGGACGACUGUUUAUUAUAAAAUACUAUAAUAUAAUAUUAUAUAAUAUAGUAUAAGUACGUAGCAAUCACCCGAACUAUCAUUUAUUAACUGGCAUACAGAAAAGAGCUUAUUAGCUACGCACAUUGUGUACAACAUGCCUUACAACAUUUGUUUAAUUUUAUUUUUAUUAAACAUUAAAAAAUAUUCAUUAAAAUUCGGAUGUUACUAGCUCAUAAAUAUUCAUUCUUUUUGAAAACUACGAAUAUUGAAAUUUUUUUAAUCAAUUUUUUUUAUACUUCAUGCACUUGUUCUCAAAGAUUUUUGAAAAGUUGCCCACUUAUUAGUAAAGUGGGACAUGUCUUGUCUGAUUUGGUAGUCGGUAUAUUUAAAAUAUUUGACAGAAAGUCCUUUUUUAUAUACAGAGCGAGUUAAAAGAUACUGUAAAAUAUUUUAAAUUACCCAAUACAGUGUUUCUAGUCUGUGCGUACUUGUAUUUGAGCAACUUUUUAUAACUUUCUUUGAGCGUUUGUUUCAGUUUGUGUAAUGUAUUUUGUUAUAAUUUGAAUUUAAGAUAUUUUAUACUUUUCUAUUUAAUUAUUAUUAGAUUUAGUUAAAAUAUCACUUUAAUAAUGGUAUUUAAAUGUAUUUGUAAUAACAUAAACUUUACAAAAUAUUAUAUGUGACAUAUAGUGACAUUUUAUGGAUAUCAAUUGUAUCCAAGGUUUGUUUAUGUUUAAAAAAAUACUUUUUUCAUAAAAAACAUUAUUGUCUUCGAUUACCAAAGAAGUUGUACGAGAUUCGUAGGAAAUUUUUUUAUUUUUGACACGAUUGGUUUAAAAGCCGGCUUACUGUGCAUUUAUAAUUUAUAUUAAAUUAAAUUAGGAUUAAAAAAAACAUUUGAUAAACUUGUCAUUGGUUGUAGAUGUAAGUGAUAUUUUAUCUGCAAAUUUAAAUUAAUGGGUGAUAAUUUAAAUUCAGCUAUAUUUUUCUGAAGUACCAAAAACUUCUGUCUUAGUCCUUUUUUUUUAAUAAUAAUUAAAAACAAAAAACAUUAAUUAGGUUUGCAAUAAAAAAGUAUAAUAAAUAAGGUACAGACUUAAUAACCUGGCAUUGAAAUAGAAAGGAAAAGUGUCGAUCAGUUGCUCUAGUAUAGACAUUCCAAUGUAGUACAAAAUCAUCCCAUUAAAGUUAAUAAUACUCAUAAACCAUACACUAACAAUAUAGACCGAUAACCAUCACCCGACAAAAGACUUGCAUAUUGACCUGUAUCUAUAUAAAAUCUUUUUUUGAUUUUUUUUUACAAAUCUCAAACUACUAUGUAUACUGUUAGUAUAAAAUGAAGAUACUGACUUAGCCAAUAAAAGUAAAGGGCCCUAGCAAAUCCACUGCAAAAAUCAGUCAGUGUUUUGUUAAAGGUAAAGGAAUUUUUGCUGUAGUAUACAUAGAAGUAUUUGACACACAACUUCCAUUUUUAUAAAGAUUUCUUUCGUAGAUGAUUUCGCCAUAAUCCCAUCAAAAGUAUAGUUUAUCUACUUUUGGAAGUCUCAUUGGCGUUUGACAUUAAAUAGUUGACAGAUAGCGCGUUAGUGUAUAUAACGGAAGGUAUGUUCUUAUAGGAAAUUAACCUAAAGGUUAUACACACAAGCGCACUUGGUCUGUUAUUACCACUACAUUCAAAGGUAAAGAGAUUUCCGGAAUAGAUAGCGCAUAGCUGAGUCUUCGUCUUCGCAGUAUAGAGGUGCAGAGUAGAGACCAGCAGGCGGCACCAAGCGUAUCAUUAAUGAAUGAAUGAAGAAUGCGCGUGCCAUCUAGGGUUGUCAACCGUACUACGUAAUAUAUAUUGUACUAUUUUUCGGGUCUGCGUGCUACUAUACUGUUGAAGAAAUAUUAUAUAGAACGCAAAAAAACUAUAUUUUUCUGAAAAAAUGUUGGCAACCCUACUGCCACCCGUGACUCUCUCCCUCUGUCGUCAUAUCUGCAUCUCUGUACAGUGCAGGAUAAGGAUAAUAUGGAUGUGGUUUGUCGUAAGUCAUAUCUACGAUGAUAAUCUUUAUCAUUUUCUACAUAAAACUAGUUAUAUCUUAUAAGAAAUUCCUCAACAUAAUGGACUGAUACCCCUUAAUUGCACAAUUACAAUAAUUAAACGUCCCUUUUACAGUAGAUUACUUUUAAUCAUUAGUGGACUAACCGUUUUUUACUAUUUUAUUAAUUUUUACAUGUAUUAGUAAAGCACAAUAACUAAACACUAACAAAGUCUGCAAUAAAAAAAUGCAUGAAAAUGUAUCUUUAUGCAUAGGUUCCCAAAUUGUUUUGAGUCGCCCACGUAAUGACAAUUUAAAAAAGCCGCGAAAAAUUAUUUAUCAAAAAGUUUAAUCGUUUCAAAAUCGCUAUCCUGGCUUGGUUCCACCAGGUUCUAAUUGAACCUAAAGAUUUUUACCUUUUCAUAGUUAUUUUAACUAAAAUAAUUGCUUUGCAAUAUUGAUAAGAUCGUUCUUGUCAAUGUUUUGAAGCGAUGCUUCUAAAGAAACCGAAGCGGCUAUUGUAUAGCUUUGCUUCUGUACAAAAGACAGUUUUUGUAUUAAUUAUACUGCGAAGAAUCAAAAAAAUACAUUCAAAUGUACUAAAUAAUAUUACAAUACAUUCAAAUGUAAUGUACUAAGAAACAGUCUGUUCCAUUGUUUAGUCAACGUGAUUGCUGUAGUGAUAUAAUGUUACAUCUAUUUGCAUAGAGUUAAAACUCGUAGAAACGCAAUCGGUGCGAGCGAAAUAAAGUCUUCUUAGCUUAGGUAGUAGGGCUCUUUAUGACAUAGUUGGUACAGGUGAUUUUUGCUAAACAAAAUAACUAGGUCUGAAGAGUAUGGUUGUCGGUGAAAUUAGUGGCCCAUGAGGCUUAUACAUUAGACAUCAGAUUGACUGGCACAAGCUAGAGCAUUGUAGGUGUACCUAUUGAGUAAAUAAUACACUAAAAUGUGUCUUUGCUUUUCAAAAAAAUCUUUGUUUUUUCGUAUCAAUCGUUAUAAUGUUCAAAAUCAAAUUCAGUAGGAAUAAUGAGGUUUAUUUUAAGCUAUGAGUUUCCAAUCUAACAUGCUUCUGUUUGAGAAUGUAACAAUACCUCUUAUUUACAAAUCUAUUGAGUUAUGGAAUUAUAGUUAGCUUGAGUUUCUUAUUGUGUUCUUUCUCAAUAAAAAAGAAGUUAUGGUGUAAUAGACAAACUGAGAUACGAUACUACAUACUCGCACAUGAAAUCAGAAGGCUUACUGCACUUUACUUUGCGUGCUCAGAUUGUGUUUCUACGCGUAACAAUUCUAUGCGUUUUUUGUAUUUUUUACUCAUGUGUUUUGUGUACAGAUUAAUUAGUUAUUAUUAAUUAAUAUUGAAAAUGUAUGUUUAUCCUUAAGAAGUCGGAACAUCACAUGUUUGUCUGUGUAAAUCAAAUACGAAGAUCUUAUUUAUUUCUUAUGUAACCGCCUGUAUUAUUAUUUGAAAUGUAAAAAAAUAUAUAAGAAAUUGUCUACUC